AUGCCAUAUAUGACAGCCGUGUGUCCACUGGUCUGGCAGUCGGUCAGAGGUCGCAAGUUUUGGCCCAUUCCUCCAGAUAUGACUCAUAUAGAGCUGCCGCCCGAAGCCGAGCGGCCACUCGUGGCGAUGGAACCGAUGCCGAGUUGGCACGGAGUGAGGCCACGAAAGUUUCCCCGACAGCAGCACGACAUCCGCGGCCCAGAACUGGUCAACAAUCAACUUCUUCACAAACAAUACGGCAUUAUUGCGUUGACGGGCGUAGAGCUAACCAUAAACCAUAUCAAUCUGAUCCGAACGGUGAUCAACAAACACAUGAAUUUGACGAAAACAUUUGCGGUUUGGCGGAUAGAGGCGCCCUGGAAGCCGGUGUCCAAACGGAGUCAGGGCAAGCGUUUGGGCGGCGGAAAGGCUAGUAUUCAUCACUACACGACUCCCAUACGCGCGGGUCAAGUGAUCGUCGAAGUCGGCGGUCAGAUCGAGUUCGCCGACUGUUACUAUUACUUGGAGUCCAUCUCCAAACGGCUUCCGUGCGAUGCCUUUCCCGUGAGUCAAGAGAUUCUGGACGAGUGGGACAAAGAGGAACAGUCUCUUCGCGAGAAGAAUAUCAAUCCGUUUACCUUUGAAAGAGUCAUCAAAUAUAAUAUGCAGGGAUGCCAUCGUUGGACCACAAUGUAUGACAGGGAAUGGUUCGGCAAAUAUUACUGAAUUUGCAAUUUGUGUUUUAUUAAUGAAAAAAUAUAGAAAUUAAAAACAUAUAAUCAGUCUUUUAGUCCAAUAAAUGAAAUCAAUUUA